AUGACUACCCAAGAAGAUGAGCUUUUCUAUUCUAUGGCUGCUAUGGGAAAGGAUGUGGAACCAACAACUUAUGUUCUGAGUGAAGUUCAAUCCUCGUUGAAAGGAUUCAAUGGCUUAACUCCAAAAGAGGUUCUUGCUAGUUUGCCUCCACUUUGUGAUAUUCAACAUCAUAGUUCAUUCCAGGUGUCAUGCUUAUGCAAAGAAGGGAGGCCAAUUGCUUAUUUCAGUGGGAAGUUCAAUGAUGUGAAGCUGGACUACUUGAUUUUUGGGGAGUUGUUUGUUGUUGUACAAGCUUUGGGGCAAUGGGAGCAUUAUCUCAAUGGAGUGGAGUUUGUUCUCUAUUCUGAUCUUAAGGCUUUCAAGUUUCUAAAGUUAAUUAAACCAAGUGCUAGUGCAUUGAGUCAAAAAUAUGGUUUGAUGGCUAUUAUUUCUUGUGAGAUCAUUGGCCUUAAUCUCACACCAGAUUGUUAUGCAAUGGAUCCAUUCUUGUCUAAGGUGUCGAAUGUUGUAAGAGAUGGAAAGAGUCAAGAGUACUUGAUGAUGAAUGACUUUCUCUUUAGGGGAAAUUGGCUAUACCAAUCUGAAGGAUCUGCAAAAUGUUUGAAGAACUACUUGUUGGUGGAUUUUGUGAAUAUUUUGAUCAAGGCAAAAUGA